AUGGCGGCGCGCGGCGAGGACCGGGAGGCACCGGAGGCGCCUUCGCCGCCCCCGCCGGGCCCGGGCGGCGGCGUCAACGUCUUCGCCAACGACGGCAGCUUCCUGGAGCUCUUCAAGCGCAAGAUGGAGGCGGAGGAGCAGCAGCGGGAGCGCGAGGCGGCGGCGGCGGCGGCCGCGGAGGCGUCCGGUGGCGGCGGCGGCGGCACCGGGCUGGGCUUGCAGCGUGACGGGGUGAAGAGGAGCGGCGGCCCGCUCAGCUUCGUGGGGCGGCGGCGGGGCGGCAACAAGCUGGCCCUGAAAACGGGAGUGGUGGCCAAGAAGCAGAAAACGGACGAGGAGGUGCUGACGAGUAAAGGCGACGCCUGGGCCAAGUACCUGGCGGAGGUGCAGAAGUACAAAGCGCAUCAGUGCAGCGACGACGACAAGACGCGGCCCCUGGUCAAAUAGCGCCGCCCCCCCCCCCAAAAAACCUGCAGGGGGGCCCCAAAACCGGCCUGGAACCCCCCAGAAAAUCCCCAAAAACAUUCACUGAGGGGGGCCCAAAACCGGCCUGGAACCCCCCAAAAACAUUCACUGGGGGGGCCCCAAAACCGGCCUGGAACCCCCCCAAAAAAAUUCACUGGGGGGGCCCCAAAACCGGCCUGGAACCCCCCCAAAAAAUCCCCAAAAAAACCUGCAGGGGGGGGCCCCAAAACCGGCCUGGAACCCCCCCAAAAAAUCCCCAAAAACAUUCACUGAGGGGGGCCCAAAACCGGCCUGGAACCCCCCCAAAAAAUCCCCAAAAACAUUCACUGAGGGGGCCCCAAAACCGGCCUGGAACCCCCCAAAAAAUCCCCAAAAGGGCCCCCAAAACUGGCCUGAACCGCUCGAAAAAGUCCCCAAAAAUAAACUCGCAGGGGGGGCCCCAAAACCGGCCUGUACCACCCAAAAAAAAACCCCAAAAAAAUUCACUGAGGGGGCCCAAAACCGGCCUGGAACCCCCCCAAAAAAUCCCCAAAAGGGGCCCCAAAACCGGCCUGGAACCCCCCCAAAAAAUCCUCAAAAACAUUCACUGAGGGGGCCCCAAAACCGGACUGAACCGCCCCCAAAAAAAAUUCACUGGGGGGGCCCCAAACCUGGCCUGAACCCCCCAAAAAAAACCCCAAAAAAAUUCACUGGGGUGCCUCAAAACCGGCCUGAACCCCCCUCAAAAAAAGCCCCAUAAAAUUCACUGAGGGGGCCCCAAAACCGGCCUGAACCCCCCAAAAAAUCCCCAAAAAAAACCCGCGGGGGGGGGUCCCAAAAGCGGCUCAGAACCCCCCAAAAAAUCCCCACACCCACCUCCCCAAAACGCGUUGGAAUUUGGGGACCCCCCCAGCCCCCCAAAACCCCCAUUAAAGAUGAGGCCCCGCCCCUUUUUGUGAAAGCCCCGCCCCUUUUGGCGUAGGCCACGCCCCUUUUCUAUCGCCCCGCCCCCGCCCGGUUUGAUUGACAGCGCUCCCCCCGCCGCUCCCCCCCGUUGUGUUUUUUGGGGGGCCCCGGGGGGGGUUGGGGGGGGGAGGGGCGGCAAUAAAGAGUUCGGAGGUUUCGGA